UGAACCGGUGCGGACUUUGGUUGGAGAACUUCAGUUUCAUUCAGAUGAUGCGCUCGUUUUCAGUAAUGCUUGAUUGUUUGUGUAUGACAUCAUAAGCAUAUUUCCAACAUGGCGUCGGGUGUAACGGCAGCAAUGAGAGCAGAGGACCUGACAGCCCAUCCUGGAUUCAGCAAUGACAAAUACUCAAUACUGAUGGUCAUCGGUGCUCUUUAUCCACCGCGUAUACUGGACCAUAUAGUGGUGGAAAUCGAACGAGGCAUUCGUGCAUGGGAUGUGGACCUGACGGUCUGUAACUUGGAUGAGCAGCUCAGAUUGUUUGUUUCUCAACAUUCGUCUUGUCAAUCCAAAGAAGUUAAAGGACAAAGGACAUUUAAAUACAGUACAGAAGUUUUGGAAAUAAACGUUAUAGUCAAUCCAUCCGAAGGGUUUCUCUAUUCAGAGGUCCUCAGCUUAAUAUCAGGCAUAUCUCGACACAAGUUGCUGGUUCUCACAGGACAAUCUCUUGAAGAAACCGGCGACCUUGUCCUGCUCACUGGACAGUUUACACCAAAUGACUUAAUCCAGAUCUUUUCAGAUGAAGAGAUUGAAGCACUGUCUAACACUGUGAGGACACAUGGCAAGGCAAACCUCACCUUAAGCUGCCCAAAAACUGGAAAAUGGAAAACUUCUGUUCUAGGGAAACACAAGAUACAUGAAAUCAUUGACUUUAAAGUAAAUCCUCUAAUGGUUCUACCUAAAAUGGGAGGCCUUCAGGAGUUCACUGACCACCUUUCUGAGUCUUUAGAGCCGCAGUCUCCGUUUGACCUCUUGGAGCCUCCUGGCAGUGUGGGAUUUCUCAAACUAUGUCGCCCAUGUUGUUAUGUUUUUCCAGGAGGCAGAGGUGACUGUGCUUUUUUUGCAGUUAAUGGAUUUAAUGUAUUGGUCAAUGGUGGAGCAGAUUCGCGCUCUUGCUUCUGGAAGCUGGUCAGGCACUUGGACCGUGUCGACUCUGUGCUGCUUACGCAUUUGGGAACAGAUAAUCUGCCCGGAGUUAACAGCUUGUUGGAGAGGAAGGUUGCAGAGCUUGAGCAAAGUACAGCUCACUGCCAGGAUAAAGAACAAUGGCAGAAAAAUCUAAUCUCUCCCGAGCUUGGUGUGGUUUUCUUCAAUGCUUCAAACAGACUUAAAAAGCUUCAAGGUGACCCUAAUGUACUGCGAAGCAGUGAUCUAGCUUCCCUUACUUUACAGCAUCUGGAAAAGCUAAAAAUCCCACCCGAGCCACUUCUACGCAACUCAAGUGGCCCAAUUGAACCAGUUAUUCUCUUUCAGAAAAUGGGAGUGGGGUGUCUUGAACUUUAUGUCCUAAAUCCAGUCAAGCGUAGUAAAGAAGUAGAAUCUUUCAUGCAGAACUGGCCCGAAAACAGCUUGAAAUCCAAGAGCUCAGAUGUUCCCCUGCCCUCUCUGGUCUCUAUAUGUGCUUUACUUGUGUGGCAUCCUGCCAGUCCAGUUGAGAAGAUUAUCAGAGUCCUUUUUCCUGGCUGUACACCACAAAGUAAGAUAAUGGAUGGUCUGGAGAGGCUGAAGCAUCUUGAUUUUCUGAAGAGGCCUGUGGUGUGCUCCAAAGACUUUGAAACUACAAAAUCAGAUAACAAUCAGAAACUCACAGAGAACCAGGACAGUUCCAAAGCUGGAAAAAAUGAGCCAACACCAAGUAAUGGUGCUUCAAAGGAACGAUCUGCUCGUGGAGAUCUGGAACUAAAAGACAAAACCAAAGGUGUGAAUGGAAAUGAUCCAAAGAGUGAAGUAAAGCUGAAAUCUGCAGAAAGCAAUGUCAGACUUAAACCUUCUAAACUUGUUACAAGGAAGGAAUCUUUUAAGGAGAAAAGCAACGAAAAAGCGAAAACAUCAGACUUAAAGAAACAAGAAAAUGGACAGAGAAGAACAUCAGGUAGCAAGGAUUCUUUAAUAAGCAAACCAAAGACAGAUAGCAAAACUAGUGUAAAAAUAGAGGAGAAAAAAGCAAAGCCUCUUGGGAAAGAUAUCAAGAAAACCUCAGCAACAUUACAAAACUCAAAUAAACCUGGCAAUGUAAAAAAUGGAGCAAAAUUAAUUAAACAGGCAGAGGACAAAUCCAAAAACUUCAAAUCUAACAAGGAACAACAGAACCAAAAGCUUUCAACAGAAGAUCUUAAUUGCUCUGUAAUGUCUUCGCCUGAAGAUAUGACAGCAGAAUUUCUGGAAAUGGACAGAGAACAGGGUAAAAUUCUGGAGAAAAGUCAACAUGCUGACUCUGGGAAUGUGCAAUGUAAUUCUAUGGUAAACACUAGCCAGGCCACAGUGUCUGCCAGACCUUUUGUCAAAACAAAAAAUGAGCAAUGUGUAAAUCUCGACCUCACUCCUACUGAGUAUACUUUGCUUGAUGGGGCUUUAAAAGACAAUAUUUCAAAAGAUGGAAAUGAGGAGGUUUGUGUCAGUCCUGAAGAAAAGACCUUGGAGUUAACUUCUCCCAGGUCAGGCCCAAAUAGUGCUGGUCAUACUCCUUAUCACCUGUCACCCGAGGAAACCUGGGCCUCCAGGGAUCACAGUAGCUUCGGAGUUAAGAUGUGUCUUGGUUCAGAUAGCCAACAAACAGGAUUGUCCAAGUUUUCAGAGUCCGGAUGCCCUAAAAGUAACCAGGAGAGCGUCUCCACUUCCUCCAGAGAAAAGCAUUCCAGUUUCCUGUCUCUCAGUUCCUUUAAAGAUAUAAUGCCUGAUAUAUCUCCAAGUGUCACCACCACUCACUCAAUGCCAGCUGAAGUAAGUUCACCACAAUCCACUGAGGUUGAUGAAUCCCUCUCAAUGUCUUUUGAGCAAGUGCUGCCUACAGUCAGCGAGUCUACCAACGAAGAUGAAACUUCCUACUCCAAUGGACAACAUUCCAAAUCCGAUUUCAAAGUAGGGAUGUCUUUGUCCUUAAAGAAACCUCACACUCACAGGGCCCUUCACGAUGGCUCAGAGCCACAGGGUUUUCUGCUUGAUACUACACAUGAUGUUGACCUUUGCUUGGUCUCCCCAUGUGAAUUCAAACAUUUCAAACCAGUUGGCAAUCAAGAAGAUCCACUGUUACCUGGAAUUAGUAACCCCAGCCCGCUUAAUAUUUCAGAUGAUAGUGAUCACUCCCAAGAUUCAGCUAAGCCCCUUCAACCAGCAUGUUCAGUUAACAAGGCCAAUCAUCCAGCUCAAAAAUCUCCUCUCACUUCUGCCAGUGACUGUUUCCCCACAGCCACAGAUUCAGAUGUUCAUCCUGGGAUAGAAGAUUGCCCAUCUAUUACAGCAGAUGGACUUAUAGACUCUGAUGAAGAAUCUGGUGCCAACCUGCCAUCCCAUAACAUAAAUGAAGGAUUUAAUUCUUAUCGAGGUAAUCAUCUUCUUAUCCAGGAUCCCCCACCUGCACCUGUAAAGGACUUACCUCCCCUUCCACCUCAACCCGGUGCCUGUAUGCCUGACCCAGUUAACAAUGUGAAGGCUGGUACAACAAAGGUCAGAAAAUCAACGGCAGUUACACAGAGGUUAACAUCCUCCACCAGUUUGACACAAGGCACCAAAACCAGGAGUGGAAGUCAAGGUUCUUCUGUUAGUGGCUCAAGAAGCAGUUUAGCUGGCACAACCUCUGCUCCAAAAAGAUCCAGCACAUCAGGUAGCAAGACUUCGGUAUACUUGGAUCUGGCUUAUCUUCCCUCAAGCACAGCAGCUUCCACAGUUGAUGUUGAGUUUUUCUGCUGCCUGCGAUCAUCCUGUUAUAUAAUAAGUGGGGAUGAUUCGUACAAAGAAGGCUUAAUGAGGUCAAUUCUGGAUGCGUUAUUGGAGGGAAAAUCUGGAUGGUCAGAAGAAGUGCCGGUGACCCUCAUUCCUACGUUUGAAUCACCCAUGAUGCACGAAUGGUACCGGGAAACUCAAGAAAAACAAAAGCAACUGGGAAUUAGCGUCCUGGGCAGCAACAGCACUGUGGCAAUGCAAGAGGAGACGUUUCCUGCUUGUAAAGUUGAGUUCUGGUAGAUGGACAGUGAUGUUGUACCUGUUCUAGUACUGAGUAUCAUUGUUUGUGAACGCUAUGUUCAUUUAAAGUCACAAUGAGACCUACUCUCGCACACUUUAAGCACCAAUGAUUGUUAUGUACAGUUAUGUUCUAAAGAAAAUGUUUUCUUGUCAAACAACAUACAGUAUAUUAUGAACAUUUCUUGAAAUCUAUACAGUUGUUUGUCACUUCCCUCAAAUACGACCCAUAGUAGUGUUUAAAAAAAAAAAUUAGCACCCCAUCAGCAGCUGGCAAUUCCACAUAAACUUUCACCUUAAUGCAGGGGUGGGCAAUCUUGGUCCUGAAGGGCCACUGUCCUGCAAAGUUUAGCUUCAACCCUGAUCAAAUACACCUGAAAGUAAUUUCCAAGUCAUCCUGCAGCCUUUGAUUAUAUUUUUUAGGUGUAUUUGAUUAGGGUUGGAGCUAAACUUGGCAUGACAGUGGUCCUCCAGGACCAGGAAUGCCCACCCCUGCCUUGAUGCAUUUUGAAGUGUAGGAUGCAUGAUAAACUCGAAUAGCUCAGUUGGUAGAGCAUUGAUUGUAGGUUUGAAACAUAUACGCUGAAUGCACUGUAAGUUUUGGAUAAACCGAAUCAUCUGUCAGUUGCGUAAAUGUGAAUUUUGCAAAUUGGAUAUUGGAGAAAUGGUGAGUUAGGGGCCAU